AUGCCAACAACAGUAACCAAAACGGGUCUCAAUUCCCUAACUCUGAAGGGGUGUCCAGCUGGGAAGAAUGAGAGGGUUCGUACUAAGCAGACAGCACGGAUGUCAAUGGGUGCGAAGGUGUCCCACAAGCAGCUGGCCACCAAGACAACCCACAAGAGUGCGCCAGCCAGGGGAGGCGUGAAGAGGCGACACCACUACCGGCCUGACACAGUGACACUGUGCGAAUUCUGCCACUACCAGAAGUCCACCGAGCUGCUCAUCUGCAAGUUGAUGUUCCAACACGUGGUGCGUGAGAUUGUGCAGGACUUCAAGACCAACCUGUGCUCCCAGAGCUCGGCCGUCAUGGCAUUGCAGGAGGCCUGUGAGGCCUACCUGGUGGGGCUCUUCGAGGACACCAACCUCUGGGCAUUCCCUGCCAAGUGCGUCACCAUUAUGCCCAAGGACAUCCAGUUGGCGUGCCUCAUCUGUGGAGUCACUGUCCCCU